CCCCCCCCCGCCCCCCGCGCGCGCCCCCGCUGCCGACCCCCGCCCGCGCCGCUGGCCCCUCGGGUAGAAUUUAAAGGGGGCGCAGCAUUCCCGCCCGGCCCAGGUGACCUCUCGGGGGUCUCCCUGCCAGAGGUGCCCCGCCGCCAAGGAACAUGGCGAAGGUGGAGCAGGUCCUGAGUCUCGAGCCGCAGCACGAGCUCAAGUUCCGAGGUCCCUUCACCGAUGUCGUCACCACCAACUUAAAGCUUGGCAACCCAACAGACCGAAAUGUGUGUUUUAAAGUGAAGACCACUGCACCUCGUAGGUACUGCGUGAGGCCCAACAGCGGGAUCAUUGAUGCAGGGGCCUCAGUCAAUGUAUCUGUGAUGUUACAGCCUUUCGAUUAUGAUCCCAAUGAGAAAAGUAAACACAAGUUUAUGGUUCAGUCUAUGUUUGCUCCAACUGACACUUCUGAUAUGGAAGCAGUAUGGAAGGAGGCAAAACCAGAAGACCUUAUGGAUUCAAAACUUAGAUGUGUGUUUGAAUUGCCAGCAGAAAAUGAUAAACCACAUGAUGUAGAAAUAAAUAAGAUUAUAUCCACAACUGCAUCCAAGACAGAAGCACCGUCGGUGUCUAAAUCUCUGACUACUUCUUUGGACGACUCUGAAGUUAAGAAGGUGCUGGAAGAGUGCAAGAGGCUGCAAGGGGAGGUCCAGAGGCUGCGGGAGGAGAACAAGCAGUUCAAGGAAGAAGAUGGGCUCCGGAUGAGGAAGACGGUGCCGAGCAACAGCCCCAUCGCAGCGCUGGCUGCCACCGGGAAGGAGGAGGGCCUCAGCACCCGGCUGCUGGCUCUGGUGGUCUUGUUCUUCAUCGUCGGUGUCAUUGUAGGCAAGAUUGCCUUGUAGGGCAGCAUGUGAAGGAUGGGAGUCAGAUCGAGGCAUCCACCAUACCAUGGAAUUUAAAUUUAUCAUAACUAUGUGUAAAAAGAAUUAACGUCUGAUGACAUCUCACAGGUCUUGCCUUUCAAUUACCCCUCCCCGCGCGCACAUACACACACAGAUGCACAUGAUAUAACAUAAUAUAACAAUCUUUUAGAGAGUUAAAACAUAAAGCAAAUGAUUGGGGGAGAAUGAUCUCUGUUGGUGAUGAGGGAAGCCGCAGUUGGCACCUCCAUGGCGGGGUGUGACUGUCCUUUUGAACCCUGGUUGGCCUUGACACUCUUCCUCACCUGUUGGUGCUGGCUAGCAGGAGCUGGAGCCCAGUGCGGUGGGCUGUACAGUCCCCUGCAGGGCAGCCCCCACGCUGCCCAUUCCUGCCCCAGGCUGUUUUUCCAUGUCCUCAGUUCUGUCCAAGCCACCGGUUCCUUGGGACUGUCCAACAUGGCAAAAGCUGGAAGCACGGUGCCGUGGCAGCCUGAGGUGUGCCCACCACGGGCGGUAGGCACGCAUGGCCGCCCGUCCCUUGGGGAUGUCAUGGCUUUGUUCUCUUAGUGGGACCAAGCUAAGUUACUGUUGGUUCACGUAGUGAAACUGGACUGUUAUUCAGAGAUGUUUAAUGCAUAUUUAACUUAUUUAAUGUAUUUCAUCUCAUGUGUUAUUGUCACAAGAGAGCAGUUAAUGCUGUGGCCUAAAAAUCACCUGUGCUUAUAUAAUGCCAGUGGGUGGGGCUGGCACUGCUGCUGGGGCCAUGGCUCCUCUGUCUCUGGAGGUUCUGGGUGUGGGGAGGGGUGAUGGAAUGUUGGAGAACAGCUGCCAGGAGGUCUUUUCUGUGUCAGUAAAAAAUGUCAUAGGAGGAAAUUUAUAGGGACAGUCAACCCCGGGUCACCUGUAUCAAUGGAGAAGAGUGGUAUCAAUGGAGAAAAGUGCUCUUCUGCCCCCUCAGUUACCCUCAGACUUCCAGCACACAGGCCCACAUAUGGGCCUGACCUCCUGUGGGCCCCCCCAGGGAGUCAGGAUGAAGAGGUGGACUGCGCCUGCAGAGGGAGAGAGCUCUGGGAGGYGGUCUAGGCGGGUUCCUCCGCCAAUCUGAGUGGAAAUGCAGGUUUGACUGUGAAUUAAUUUUGUGCCGUAAAAGACCAAUCCAAUUCUGUUUGACUAUGUAGCAUCUUAAAGGAAAAAAAAAAACUAAAAUAAAGCCCCCAAAUUAAGAGUUCUUUUGUCAUUUUGUCACAUUCGCUGUAUGAGGGGAAUUAUUAUUUUAUCAUCAUCAUUAUUUUGCCAUUAGAAGGUUUUAAAAUGAGCCCUAUACAUGAGAAAUCUGGGUUCGGAGGUUUAGCUGUGUGUGUGUGUGUGUGUGUGUGUGUGUGCGCGCGCGCGUGCGUGUUUGGCUGGCUUCAACUGACAGUAUGAAAAUUGAACUGUUGACAUUUGGUGCCUGUUGCCCUUGCCCUUCAGUGAGAAGCAGCCCUGCUCUGGCCAGGAAGCUGUGCCACAGGCUCAUGCAAGUGCUGGGCAUGGCCCUGUGUGUGUGUGUGUGAGUUUGAGCCGACUAGUUCAUCAAAAAGAUGACAGUUUGGGAAGUUCAUGCAUCUUGAGCCACAUUGCUCCCAACACUAGCUCUGGUCAACUGGAACCUCAAGGCCAGCAAAGUGGGAAUCUGUGAUCCAUCUGAGUAAGUAGCUUUCUGUAUUUUUGAAAAGAAAUUUACUACAAAACCGUGGUGCUCUCAGAAGACAUUAAGCAGGUUUUGUUCUGCCGAGCUAGGGUUGCAGGGAGCGUGCCUGUGGGGAAGGCUGCACCACUGUAGGUUAGAUCAUGAUUUUUUCCGUGUAGCCUCAGUGCUUAAAGGAAGUGAGAAGACUGAACUUUGAGGCACGUGCCUUCUGCCACUUAAUUUUCUGAAAGUGGGCUAAAAUUUGCUAAUUGGAGAUGUUACAGCAGACUAGUGUCUCUGUGUAGUCUUGAGAGGAGAGUGAUUGAAGGCUCCAGAAGUACCAGGGGAGCAAUGCAGCCCCAUGAUGCUGCAGCGGGGUCUCCCGAGGUCCUAAAGGCUAGGGCUGUGUCUCCUGAUAAAACAGCUCAUGAGAACAACCAGUGGUGGGGUUUGAAGAGUGCCUGAGAGGCUGGUGAGGUUUGGAUUUUAGAAAGUGAGUUUGUAUUUGGGGUGUGUGUCUAAGAGAAGUUCCUCAGUUUCUCAGAGGAUGCAGAUUGGUUUGCAGCAAAACGAACAAACAAAUACCUUAAAAUGCAGAGUUGUCUCUUUCAGCAGAUCCUCCUCUGCAUUCUCCUUCCCCCGUUGAGAGUGGGACUUGCGGAACACACAUUAACUUGUGGGCUUCUUGACUUAGUGGAGAAGGAAUCUCCACCAGGAGAGAAGCAGGGGAGCUGUGGGAAGGCAGGUCACGCAGAGUCAUCCUGGCAGUAAGAAAUGUGCCAGGAGGUGAACUGGUGGAGUGUGGCCUGCUUCUUCAAGGACUGCCUAAGAACCACAAGCCCUCCGGAGAGUGUGGUGACAUGUGCACAUUCGGGGUAUCAUUCUGGAGAAGUGAAGAAAGAAAACAGUAAAGCCAAGAAGAGGUGAAUGUGGAAUUCUGACAGCCCUCUGUUCUGCCCAGAGAGGAAAAGACUGAUAACUGGGCAAGGGCAAGGCUGAGACCCAAUAGGGAUGCCAGCCUCCCUUGGGUGCUGUACUCACAACUCCUCUGUUGGGUGCCCUGGCUUUAGGAACGCCAGCCACGUGCGCACAGAGGAGAUGGAAGCAACAGCAGAGCCCUGUAAAUGUUUACGGAUUGAAUUUUCAAAUUGAUAAUUUUAAGCUCUCAGCGUGAUACGAAAUACCUCUUAAAGAGAGCAGGCUGUGUACUGGUAGGUGUGAGGACCUGGCUAUAAUUUUUUUUCUCCUCCUAGUUUGCAUGUUUUCCCUCUCUAGUCUUUUAAACUGCUGGCACUAGCAGUAAUAAAUAGUGAUAAAAUCAAAAUUGAUUUUUACCAGUGGACAGUUUAUGCCUAGAGAGAUGGCUUAGACCUACAUAACACAGAAGGGGGAAAAUGAAGAACCUCCAGUGAUCCAUGAAAACCUAAACGCUUUCAAACAAAUCCUAGGAACAGAAUUGCUAUCGAAAGAUAUCAGUGCCCAGCUUGCAGCUGUAUUGAGUCAGAUAUAACUGAAUGCGGUGAAAGCUCAGAGCUAAAUAGCCCUUCAAAUUAAUUUGAAAACAAGCUCUGUAUGUGCAUGUGCGUGUGUGUGAGUGCAUGUGUGUGUGUGGCGUGUGUGCCAUAUGUAAGUAGCUUGAUAGUUUUCAAAUGGUGCCUAUAUUUUUUUGCACACAGAUCUUUGUAUUUGCAAACUCGGAAUCCAUGCCAAAAUAAAGUGCCAUUUGUCAUUUUCAGCUCCUUCUCAAAAGAACUGGCCCAUGUACAAAUUUCUGGUUAUGGUUUGUGAAAUCCUUGGUUUAAAAUCAAAAACCAAGAGCCAUGAGUGUUGGGUUUUUCAGUCACCUGUAUACCUGGGUAACAUCACCCACCAGACCUUCUCUGGUGUUCCCUUACUGGUGGUGGUGCCCCCACCUCUCCUGCAGAGCCCAUCUCGCUUGCUGAAAGAGGGGAAUCAAGUGGAACUUAGCAAUGUACCCUGUUAGAGGAGACUUAAGUGUGGACCUGGGCCCAGUCUGCUCUGUUGAGAAUGAGUGCCUUCAGAGAUGAACAGACUGGGAAUUGCAUUUGUGUAGUGUAGGUGAAUGGGUGCCAAGUCUGAUGAGGCCAGCCUUUGCUCUGGGAACCGAAGGGCAGCUCUGGGAUCAUAUGUCCCCAUGGAGUUUGGCUCCCUCAGGGUCCCUGGCCUGAAUGGACUUAGAGAAGGCUUUUUCCCUCAGCCUUGGUGGGAUCCUUUCAGAGACAGUUGCUGUGUCCAGCACCACACCAGUUCACCCAUGGACAGUCCUCACCCACAGCUGAUCCCAGGGAGGAAGGCUCUGUCUUGUACAUGAGGAGGUGAAGGCUUCGGAAGGUUAAGCUGGGCAUCUUUCAGAACUUCUGGUUUAGAACUGAACCAGCCCCUGCUCAGGCCUGCCCAUGGAUAGCUUCAACCCUGCAUGUACCUGCUGGUGGGAACUGGGGAAGGAGCUCUGCACACCCACGUGUUUGGGUCUAGUCUAGUUGUCCCAGCAGAGGCAAGGAGAAGCCACUSUAGUUCAGACCCCCUUCCUCCUCUUUUGGAACCUGAACAUGCUCUGGGCAGUGAAGGGGUGUGCCUUUUCCAUUUUCUUACUGCUUAGAGAUCUCUGCCCAGCUCACCCAGGGGAUGAAUUUGGGGGCUUUYGAAAGGAAACUGCUAGUCUGUUUCUGCGAGCAGUGAUGGGGAUGCUCUAUGUAGAGGCUUUACACAACUCACAAAUUACAUGUGAGCAAGAGCGGUUCAUUAAAAUAGGCACUCUGGAAGUGCUGGGUGUGAACAUAGGCAUGUGGGCUACUCGUAUUUCCAGCCCCUGCCUGAAUUAGCACUGUGGUUUCCAGGAAAUCAGCAAAGGGAGCAGAGGUAGAAGACAGUGAUAAGGAGAUGAGUGGAGAGGGGCAGGCUGGGGGCCCUGGAGCGGGUCCAUGGUGAGGUGCGGUGCCCUUCCYCUGGCCUUCGAAUCCCAUUAGCUGCGUGCUUGGUGCUCGAGGCUCAGCUGCCAGGAACACUGUGAGUUGGGGCUCAUGAGGUCGCCCAUCCUUUGCCGAGGGGACCUAGACCUCCCUGAUGGUGGUGGGGGUGCUUGUUGCCAUAUCUACGCACUUAAAAACAGAGGUUUUGUUUUAGUUUAUUUGUAUUAUGGAGGUAUUUUGAAAAAUUAAAAAAGACACAAGCACACAUAAACAGCUAUGUGUUAUCAUUAAAAGCGAAGCCAGGGGAAGCGGAUGAGAGGUUGUCUCGAAUAUAAUUACUUUAGAUUUUUUUUUCUUAAUGGAAUUAACUCAUUAGAAAAUGUCUGCAUCAAAUCCGUAGAAAAGGAAAAAGCUAGCAAAAAAAAUUAUAGCUAUUAUCCAACUUGCCAUAAAUAUUUGCAAUUAUGAUACCUUGGAAUGUUGCCACAAUAUGGUUGCUCUGAUUAAAAGAUGUCAGUUGAAUAAAACAGUGCUGUGGGAGCAUCGCCCGCUGCUGCUAGAUAAAUGCUGAUGUUUAUUUUCAAACCAGGAAACAUUGAUCCUGUAACAAUGCCCGUUACAGUUGCUUUAUUGCAGCAGCGGGCUGAUGUGGGUUCCAUCAUUUUGCUAAUGGAGGUGGGUGCAGGAUGGACGCUCACUCCCUCUUGCAUUCUGAUGAGCCUCAGGAGCGUGGCCCAGCUUCUGCAGGUGAAGCAGCAGCGGGCGUGCAAAGCCACAUCUGCUUACCUGUUUUCUAUUUCCCUUCAGGAGACACCAGCUCAGGGAGACUGAUCAGAUCUCUUAACACAGUCUCAUUAAGCCUGAGUGCUGACAAGAAUGCAGAGCUGUUCUGAAAACGAGCGUCAUCUUGCCCCUUGUCUUGCAGCACAGAAGGGCCUGGUUCCUUUCGUGAACAGGCAUCCUGCGUGCCCCUCUUUAUGUUGUUUUUUUAGAAGUAAACUAAAUUCAGCUGUGAACCCUUUAGGGUGGCAUUCAUUUAACUUUUUUCCCCAUUGAAUCUUUUAACUUAGAUUCAAAGGUCAGAAUUUAUUGUCUGAUACUGAGACUGUGUGUACCUUCUGUAUGUUAGAUACUGCAGAGGUGCUGAGAAAUUAGUUAAUAUGCUUUCAAUUUUAUAUUUUUCAUUCGUAAGCAGCCUAAGUAUGGAGAUUCAAGUUCAUACAUAGAGAAAUGCAAAGUACAUUUGGUCCUCAUUCCUGUUAGGAGCGCCUGCCUGCCUUCCUGCCUUCUAUUCAUUUAUAAGCUGCUGUCAUUCGGAACUUCCUAUAAGAAACUCAAAAUGAUCUAUUUAAAUGUUCCCUUCAUCUCUUCUCGCCUUUCAAAUAAAAGAAGUAGCUUCGGUAAUGCAUAUUGUCCCUGACCUGCUUUACAUCUUUUUCCCUAUCUUGAAAAAAGAUCUCUGCAGUUUGUGAUGUGUGAUCGUGACUUCCGUGUACGCUGUUAACAUUUUAGGAAUUGAGUAUUUUAAGAGAAGUCUCAGAAUGCUGUAGUUUUCAUAAUUUUUCCUUUUUGUAUUUCCUGUUUUGACAUGGAACUCAUUUAAAAAGUCAGUGCAGGAAAGGGUUCUUUAGCAUAAUACAUUUUGGUUAUCUGAUAUGUAAUAAAUUUGCAGUUUUAUGGCUGACUUUACGUUUCCCAGAGGGAAGGAGAUGUAUUUGUGCAGUGUCCAGAUUGAAAGAGCUGUUCACAGCAUGUUCUCACAUGUUCUGGGUCUGUCCGAUGAAACCUGUUCUUGCCGAGGCAUACACUUUUGUAUGAGCUGUCUGCCGUAUUAUGUUCAAUAAAUUCUGUGCUCUGAAUAUA